UAUAUCCUCUCGAAACCAUGACCAGAACAGAAAAACUCUACCUUAACUCUCCAAACAAAACCCUUACUUGAUCCAAACCACUUCUUCUACCAAUGCCUGACGAAACCCUAGUUGAUCAACCAAACCUUAUCUCUUUCGACUCCUCUAUUCUUCGACAUGAACAUAACAUCCCGUCUCAAUUCAUAUGGCCAGACCACGAAAAGCCCAGCCCGGAUCCACCACCGGAACUCCACGUCCCGCCCAUCGACAUGGGCGCCUUCCUCUCUGGCGACCCCGUUGCCGUUUCAAACGCCACUCGGCUUGUCAAUGAGGCGUGCAAAAAGCAUGGGUUUUUUCAAGUGAUAAAUCAUGGAGUUAGUUUGGAGCUCAUAAGUGAAGCUCACAAGAACAUGGAUUUGUUUUUCGGGAUGUCGUUACUGGAGAAGAUGAGAGCUGAGAGAAAGAAUGGGGAUCACUGUGGAUAUGCUAGUAGCUUUACUGGCAGGUUUUCUUCUAAGCUUCCGUGGAAGGAAACGUUGUCCUUUGGUUAUUGUGAUGAUCGUGAUCAUCGGAGUUUCAAUAUGGUUGAGGACUACUUCUUAAGCAAGUUGGGAGAAGAUUUCACACAAUUUGGAAGGGUUUUCCAAGAUUACUGUGAAGCUAUGAGCUCUCUGUCACUUGGGAUAAUGGAGCUUUUGGGAGUGAGCCUAGGGGUGGGCCCAUCCCAUUUCAGAGAUUUCUUCAAAGGAAAUGACUCAAUAAUGAGAUUAAACUAUUACCCUCCUUGCCAGAAACCUGAUCUCAUACUUGGAACUGGGCCCCAUUGUGAUCCGACGUCCCUCACCAUCCUUCAUCAAGACGACGUCGGAGGGCUUCAAGUGUUUGUCGAUGGAAAAUGGCACUCAAUUCCUCCCCGUUCCGAAGCCUUCGUGGUCAACAUUGGGGACACUUUCAUGGCUCUAUCAAAUGGUAUGUACAAGAGUUGCUUGCACAGAGCUGUGGUGAACAAUGAAACAGCAAGGAAGUCACUGGCCUUCUUUCUGUGUCCAAAGCUAGACAAGGUGGUAACUCCACCAAAUGGAUUAUUGGUUAACAAUACUACUACUCCAAGGUUAUAUCCAGACUUCACAUGGCGUUCUCUUCUUCAAUUCACUCAGAAGCAUUAUAGAGCAGACAUGAAAACCCUGGAUGCCUUCUCCAACUGGCUUCAAUAUCACUGCAGCAGCAACAACAACAACAACUGAGUGAGAGAGAGAGAGAGAGAGAGAGAGAAAGUAGAAAGAGAUUAUUC